AUGGUCGAUUUCUUCACCAAGAUGGCAGAGCCCGUUCCGCUACCUGACACCUCCGUCAUAAAGGCCUUCCUCCACCGCCAUCCUCCGGCCACCUGGGACGACGCUCUAUCAGCCUAUCUUUUGGCAUACCGAUCCACGGUAAAUGCCACCACACACUACACACCUUUCUUCCUCACAUGCGGACGGGAUAGGCAGCUUCCGGAGGACCUGGUAUUCCACUUGUCUCGCCAAGCUGAACAUGUUGAUACGUAUGCCUUGCGGGCACAUUAA